GGAAGUGUUCUAGACUAUCCACGGCCUUUUGUGUCUAACCCAACUGUGUCCAUCACCUUGUACUAUAAUCACCUAACUAGUCAAUAAAGAACCAUGGCCGACGCAGAGCUGGAAGAGAUCAGGAGAGCCCGUCUGGCACAGCUUCAGCAGCAGCAGGGAGGUGGACCACGAGGUGGUGCCGUUCCAGACGGCCAGGAUGAUCAGAGGAAACAAGCAGAAGCCGAACGUCGCUCGGCGAUUCUGAACCAGAUCCUCGAACCCGAAGCCGCCGACCGCCUAGGCCGCAUUCGCCUCGUGAAAGAGUCGCGCGCCGCCGAUAUUGAGAACCGGCUGCUCAUGUUGGCACAGACAGGCCAAUUGCGACAAAAGGUUUCGGAGGAUCAGCUCAAGCAGCUCCUGAAUGCUGUGGCUGAGAACCAGCGCAAGGAUGAGGAAGAGCAUAAGGUUGUAUUCAAUCGGCGUAAAGGAGGCUGGGAUGACGAUGAUGAUUUGUUGGAUUUGUGAAAAGUCGAAUUGCAAAACAGCGAAUGUUGCUUAAACCUAAACAAACUGGUCCUAGGCGUUUGCGGUCGGUAUAUGGUGCAAUUCUUCGACAGCACUCUACCCCAUUAAUACUCAACCAUAUAUUAACACCUUGCUUAAUUGACAAAAGGAUUGGUUU